UGGGUCACAGACUAAGAACCAACAUUUGUGCUUGCAAUGCAUAGUCCAAGCCUUGACUGAAUAGUUACCACUUAUUUUGAUUGGUUUUCCAUUGUUCCAGGAUCAUCUACCUAUAUGUUCUGACAGUCUUACCCAGACAACCAUAAGCUGCCUGUGAACUUUACUAGCAGCCGUUCAUCCAGAUUAUUGCAACUAGUUACUCGCCAUAUUAGCAGCAGCUUUCUCUCUUAACGGCACGUCCUCCGCACGCGGAGCCGCGCUAUCGCCGCAAUGGCCCACCGCGGCAUCGUGGACCAGAUUGCGCCGAACGUCUUUACACCACGCGAGUACCAAGUAGAGAUACUCGAGGAUGCCAAGGAGCGCAACAUCAUCGCCCACCUGGCAACCGGCAGCGGGAAGACGUUCAUCGCUAUUCUGCUCAUCAAGGAGAUGGCGCCCGACGUCCGCAGGGCGUGGUCGGAGGGCGGGAAGCGUACGUUCUUUGUCGUGAACACGGUACCUCUGGUGGAGCAGCAGGCUCGCGCCAUCGAGCAGCACACCGACCUCACCGUAGGACAGUUCGUGGGCAGCUCCACGCUCGACGCCUGGAAGAAACACGACUGGGAGGCGCACCUGGUGGAAAAUCAGGUGCUGGUCAUGUCCUCUCAGAUCUUCUGUAACAUGCUGCUGCACGGGUUCCUGGACGUGACGCGGGUCAACCUGCUCGUCCUGGACGAGUGCCACCACACUGUCAAGGACAGCCCCAUGAGACAGAUCAUGAAGCUGGUGAACGAGGCGCCGGCCGGCCAGCGUCCCAAGGUGCUCGGUCUGACGGCGUCCAUCAUCAACAAGAAGGUGACGCCCGUGAAACUGGAGGCCCAGAUCGAGAGCCUGCAGAACAGCAUGGGCUGCGCAGUGAGCACCGUACACGACCUGGAUGCCGUCAACAAGUACUCGACCCGACCCCAGGAGGUGAUUGUCGAGUGUGGCGAGGUGGACGACCCGACCCAGCUGCACCGCCGGCUGGAGGCCGUGGCGCUCCGCUGUCUUCAGUUCCUCACCACGCACCGGUACGAGCCCAGAGAAAUCUACGGCGACAUGUACGAGGAGCUGCUGGCCGGAGAGCCGGACCCGAUCAAAGAACCCAAGCAGAUCAUCUGCGACUUCCUCUACAUACUCAACGAACUUGGUCCGUGGUGUGCCGACCGUGCGGCCAGCCAGCUGCUAGUUGAGGUGGAGAAGCUUCGCAGGAAGAUCGGCUACGUGCGACAUUACCUCCUGCUGGGAGUGGUGUUCUCCGACCUCAUCCGAAUACGGACUCUAUGUGACCACGUCUUUGACAAGCUGGACCUGCGGGAACAAAUCUGGCAGUACUCUUCUCCGAAGGUUCUCCGGCUGCUCGAAAUUCUGCAGGCCUUCGCUCCGCCGGCCGCCGAGCCGACUGCGCCUCUGGAGAACGGAGAGUGUGUCCCGACGGACUCGGCUGCGGGGAGCGGCACAUCGCCAGCGUCUGGGGAUUCCGCUGAGCCACCGGCGACGGCCGGUGCAGCUGGGGACUCCGGGGUGGUCCAGAAUGGAACGACGACGGCUGGGGCUGCUCAUAGUCAGACAGCAGAGGCACCACCAUCCGGCGCUGGGACGAGUCAGGCAGGAGCGCCGCCAACAGCGGCGGGAGAAACACAGGCAGACCGCGAUCGCCAGGCACCGCCGCGGUUCUCAUACAACCCAGAGGAUCCUGCGGCUGUGUGCGGUCUGGUGUUUGUGAAACAGCGCGUCACGGCCCGGGUGCUGUACAGACUCAUCAAGGAGCUGCGCGAUGUGACGCCCGAGCUGGCCUUCAUCUACCCGCAGUACAUCGUGGGCAGCAACAAGAACACCUACUUGGAGCCGGCCGAGGUUGGCCAGGCUGAGCGGAAGAAGCAGGAAGACGUUCUCUGCAGGUUCCGCAAGUUCGAGUGUAACCUUCUGGUCGCCACGUCGGUCGUGGAGGAAGGUGUCGACAUUCCGCAGUGUAACCUGGUGGUGCGAUUCGACGAGCCCGCGGAGUUCCGCUCGUACGUGCAGAGCAAGGGCCGCGCGCGCGCCACCGCCGCCCACUACCUCCUGCUGGUGACCAAGGACAAGAGUGAGACGCUGCUCAGAGAGCUGGCCGACUACCACGUGAUCGAGCGCCGGCUGACGGCCCACUGUCUGGAGGAUAGUGAGGAGCCCGCGGAGACUGACCGGCUCCGGGAGCUGGCCGAGCGCCGCAUCCCACCCUACCGGCCCGCAGAUGCUGCAGCGGGCGCGAUGGUCACGCGCAACUCGGCCAUCUCACUCGUCAACAGGUACUGUAACCGUCUCCCCAGCGACACGUUUACCCGCCUGACACCCCAGUGGAAGAUUGAGGAACUGGACGGCGGCGGUGAAGGGCCGCCCAUGCGCCGCUGCUCCCUGCGACUACCGGUCAACUCGCCCGUCAAGGACCUAGUCUUUAGUGACUGGUUCCCCAGUAAGCUGCUGGCGCGUCAGUCGGCCGCGCUCAAGAUGUGCCAGGUGCUGUACGAAGCUGACGAGCUUGACCAGCACCUGCUGCCCAUCGGGAAGGAGGCGCUGCUGGAGGAGGGCGCUGACGAACAGCGCGAGUGGGUGCCCGACGGCGCACCCCGACCGGGAACCACCAAACGCAGACAGUACUACAAGAAACAGGUGGCUGCUCCGCUGGCGGGUCCUGCCCUGAAGCCGGGUCAGCGCUGUUACCUAUACCAGUUCGACAUGCAGCUGACGUGUCCAAUCCCAGAGGACCAGAACACGCGCGGGAGGCGCCUGUUCCGACCGGAGCAGGACCCGCGGCGGCUCGGGCUGGUCACCGGACACCGACUGCCAGAGGUGUGCGCGUUCCCUAUCUUCACCCGUUCGGGCGAGGUGGUGGUAUCCGUGCGCCUGGUGUCAGACCAGCUGCAGCUGUCCGAGAGCCAGCUGCAGCUGCUUAGCCAGUUUCACCGGUUCGUCUUCUGCGCCGUACUUCGGCUGGAGAAGUUUCCGAUGAGGUUCCAGCCGGAGGACAGCUCCACAGGGUUCCUCGUGGUGCCGAUCAACAACGCGCCCUCCGCCAGCGCCGGCGGCGAGGGGCGGCUGGCAGUCGACUGGCCGUUUCUGGAGGCGGUCGCGCCGCGCUACGCAGACAAGCUGCAGCCGCUGUCGAACGAGCAGAGGAAGGGCUUUCAGUUCGACCGACAGACGUUCCUGGACGCGGUCAUCAUGCCCUGGUACCGCAACCAGGACCAGCCGCAGUUUUUCUACGUGGCCGAGAUCUGCCACCACCUGAACCCGGGCUCCGAGUUCCCCGACGACCACUUCCGCACGUUCACCGAGUACUACGAGUCCAAAUACGGCAUCCGCAUCCAGAACCAGACGCAGCCGCUGCUGGAUGUCGACCACACGUCGGCCCGACUCAAUCUGCUCACGCCGAGGUUUGUGAACCGCAAGGGCGUGGCGCUGCCGGCCGCCAGCUCGGAGACCAAGCGGGCCAAGCGCGAGUCACUGCAACAGAAGCAGAUUUUGGUGCCGGAGCUGUGCAUGGUGCACCCGUUCCCGGCGUCCCUGUGGCGCAAAGUGGUGACCCUGCCGUCGGUGCUGUAUCGUUUGAACGGGGUGAUGGUGGCGGACGGACUCCGGCGGCGAGUGGCGGAGGAGAUACAGCUGGGCACGCCCCAACUGGCGCCAGGCUGCACGUGGCCGCAGCUGGACUUUGGCUGGAGUCUGGCCGAGGUUCUGGAGCGCCGGGAUCGGGCCGUCUCUGCCGACCAGAGCGGUACCACCGGCGGCGGGGAAGGCGAGGAGCCAGACUCGCCGCAGCGCCGCCGGCCCUCGGGUGGAGGGGACGGGAGUGAGCCGACCUCCACUGCCAAACCGGCCGCCGCCGACGGCCGCCGACCGCGCGGACAGCAGUUCGAUAUCGGCACAUGGAGUAACGACCUGCUGCAGAGCGAACCAUCCGGACCGGGAAUCGACGACCCGGAGCUGGAGGAACUGGGUCCCGACCUGACCCUGCCGAUGGCCAUCACACUACUAACCGAUCCGGCCGAGGACAACGAACUGGCGACGGUCACCUGGGGUGGGGCCGGCAGCGGGAACGCGCCGGUGCGGUACGGCUCGCCCACCUACCUGGGAGGAGGAGGGUGGGGCGGCGGAUGGGGUGACGCCGGUGAUGACGCCAGUAUGGCGUCCGAGUCGGAUUUGAGCGACUCCAGUGAGGAGGAAGAGGAGGAAGAGGGAGAGGACGGAGCAGCGGGAGGAAGUGCGGCUCGACCGACAGGUGCGCCGCCCGCCCCGCAGCCUGAUCCCGCCGAGGAGGAUGAAGAAGAUGUGUUUGACUUUGAGGAGGACUCGACCACGCUGGAAGAGGUGCGGGAGCGGACGAAGAAGAAGGUGGCGGAGGCGCGGCAGCGGAUCCAGCAGAACUGCCUGCUGCCGGCCGGAGCUAGUCUGGAGCCGCUGGUGAUGGCGAGGAGGCUCGCCGCCGCUGCCGCCAAGACCGGUACGGUGGCCACGCCGAGCACUGCCUCUGCGGUCAGCGCAGCGUCCGCGCGCGCGGCCGAGGAGCGCCGCUCGUCCGCCGCCGCCACCGCCGCCGCCACCGCCGCCGCCGCUGCUGCCUCCGCUGCUGCAGUUGCCUCUGCCUCCGCUGCCAUCUCCAGUGCCUCUGCCUCCGCCGCCACUGCCUCGAUUGUCUCCGCGGGGCCGCCGCCGGCCGCCGGCUGCGCACAGUCGCCGUCCUCUGGCGCUACUACGCGUCCAGACUCUGAGACCCGUAGUGGUGCUCCUGAACCAGAGGGCGGCGCGGCGGGGCACGUCAUCGUGGCCACGCCGGCCGACGGCGGACCGGCAGCGUUCGACCUGCAGCCGGACCUGGAGCGCCACCCGGGCCCCAGUCCGGCCCUGCUCCUCCAGGCGCUCACCAUGUCGAACGCCAACGACGGCAUCAAUCUGGAGCGACUAGAGACGGUCGGCGACUCGUUCCUCAAGUUCGCCAUCACGGUACAUCUGUACCUCACCUACCCGACCAUCCACGAGGGAAAACUGAGCUACCUACGAUCGAAGCAGGUCAGCAAUCUGAACCUGUACCAGCUGGGGCGCGCCAAGGCGCUCGGAGAGUUGAUGGUGGCGGCCAAGUUUGAGCCGCACGAUAACUGGCUGCCGCCCGGCUACACGGUGCCAGAGGGACUCGAGGAGGAGAUUGUCGAGUCCGGUGUCACCGCCAGCCACCUCAACCUGGCUGACAUGACCGACCUGGCACAGAUCUCUGGCGAGGAAGAGGUCCGCCGACUGGUGCGGGACAAGUGCCAGCGGAUGAAGCAGCUGACUGAGGACGCGGCUCUGGACGCGGGCGCCAUGCCCUCCUUCCUGCCGUACAACCUGCUUACCCAGCACAGCAUCCCUGAUAAGAGCGUGGCCGACUGCGUGGAGUCACUGAUUGGCGCCUACCUGGUGUCGUGUGGGCCGCAGGGCGCGCUGGUCUUCAUGAGCUGGCUCGGAAUUAAGGUGCUGCCCCGUCUGGACGGCGUGGACGAGGCGGCGCCGCGGAACAGACUCCUGGAGCGCCAGCGACGCCGUCCCACCGAGCCGCCGCUGCCCAUCAGCAGUCGCAUUAUCUACGGCCAACUCCCGGCGCCGGCCAGUCCGCUCAACACUCGGGCGCCGAACCCGCAGACGGCGGCGCCGUUGCUGCUCAGCGGCCUGGACCAGUUCGAGCGUCUGAUCGAGUACGAGUUCCGCGACAAGUUCUACCUGCUGCAGGCGUUCACUCACGCCUCCUACCACCAGAACACGCUGACCGACUGCUACCAGAGACUCGAGUUCCUCGGGGAUGCCGUGCUCGACUACCUGAUCACGCGUCACCUGUACGAGGACCGGCGGAACCACAGUCCCGGCGCGCUUACCGACCUGCGCUCGGCACUCGUCAAUAACGCCAUCUUCGCCACCCUGGCCGUCCGCUACGACUUCCACAAGUACUUCCGACACUACUCGCCAGGGCUCAACCAGGUCAUCAACAAGUUCCUGCUGGCGUACGGCGAGGGCGGCAGCAUUGCAGAGGAGUAUCUGUACAACAUCCAGGAGGACGAGUGUGAGACGGCCGAGGACAUCGAGGUGCCCAAGGCUCUGGGUGACGUGUUCGAGUCGGUGGCCGGCGCCAUCUACCUGGACUCGGGAAUGUCUCUGGACACCGUGUGGAGAGUCUACUACCGGAUGAUGCAGUCUGAGAUUGAGACAUUCAGCGAACACGUGCCUAAGUCACCCAUCCGGGAGCUACUGGAACUGGAGCCAGAGACGGCCAAAUUCCGGAAACCAGAGCGUGAGAUCAACGGCAAGGUUCGAGUCACGGUGGAGGUGAUCGGGAAGGGCUGCUUCAAGGGCCUCGGCCGUAACUACCGCAUCGCCAAGUGCACGGCCGCCAAGAGAGCCCUGCGCGCCCUGAAACGCAUCAAGUCGAACCGGGCGCCGUGAGCACACGCCGGUCAGACGGGUGUGGGGCGGGUGGGCACUGGGCAGGGACAGAGUGGAGUGGUCGAGAGGGGGUGGCCGAUGAUAUGGUUUUCGAUCGAGACUUAUUGCGAUCGAGGAGGGAUGAGAAAAAUUCAGUGGGUGAGCGGAAAAAAAGAAACCGCUGCUUAUUGGAGAACAUACCAUUCCUAGUUUUUGUAAAAAAAAAAAAAAAACUAAAUGCUCGAUGAUCGUAGCGCAAAAAUGCUGGUUUUCUCCAGAUGAGCACGCUAUUCCAUUUAGACCCAAGUGGAAGCGUUCCCCAGUUAUCGCCCCGUUAUUACGACUUUGGGGAGGGGCUGUGCCUGACGGGACCCGGACCCGUCGCCACUGUCCUCGCGUGCUGCCCGGUACCGGAGGGACGGUACCGCUAUUGCUUCACACCCGUCAGAUCGGAAUCGCUCCGAAAAAUGGCAUAGUUACAUGCUAGCACUGCUUGCUGUUUAUGGCUGUUUUGGAAAGGUUUUUGUUUCCUAGAAGUUUGUAACGAUUGCACUAUAGUUGCCAGGCGAACAACUCUAGAUUUACCGCUUUACAUAAGUAAACUUUUCGGUGUAGGUUAAAUAACGAUACGACAGCGAACAGCGCAAACAACUGAUCUAUGAUGAUGGUAAAGUAGCGAUAAACGGUGUACUGGCGAGUCAGAUUCCUUCUAGUCAACCAGUCUGUUGUUUUCAACUGACGUCUGACACCUGCGAACAAACAGCGGAUAUCUUCAAACUGCACCAGUGUCAAUCUAUCUCGGUGGCUUUGUGGUUUUUGGUCAGGCUUGCUUUAAAGAACAGUCCAAAUAGGUUUUGAAGCUGCUCGCGGUAGUGUGUGAAAUUGUAACGCUUGAGUAGCAGCACAUCUUGAAGUGGAAUUAUUGAAGAAAAAACAGCAGAAUGUCGUUGUCGCUAUUGUCUCGCUUUUCAAAUACACGCAAGCUUCGAACAUC